AUGGGGAGUUGGUCUAGUGAACACAGUGAAGGGUUUGGUGGGCUAGGACUGGCUGUCAGAUCAGUAACAGAGCUUCAUUUUGGUAGUUGUAUUUCCAUUAAACCUGGUGAUGAUGAUGCUUCAUGGCCUGCAUCAGGUGUUGAAGACUUAAGUUUGAAUACAAAGGAAGGAGAGGAGAGGCCAGCAACUGGAACAAAGGACGAUCGUAUCACUGAAAGUGUUCCACAAGCGCAAACAAUUAAUGACUGUUUGACUUCUGCUGACAGGGCAGAUAAAAAUGAUAGACGUGUUACACUGUCAGCAUUAGCAUUCACAGAACAAACUGAGGAAUCACCUUGGGAUUCUGAGAGUAAUUCUGAGAGUCUUCCAGAAACAUACGUUGUUCAUUUACCUGUAAAUGAACAGAAAGGGGCAAGUACAUUAAAACAACAAGUAGAAGAUUUUUCUGGAGAACUAGACUUAGAAAUGACAACAGAAAAAGAGGAAGAAAGUUGUAAUGAAAGUGAAAAUAAACACCUGCAGGUUGAAGAAAUGGAGAAGCACCAAAAUGAUGAAACGGCAGUAUUAGAAAGCAUAUAUUCUGCUGCUGCUGCUGGACUAAUGCAUCCAAUAGGGAGUGGAAAAACUGAUAACAACCUAUGUCCUAUUACGGAAAAUGAAGAAUCUCAUGGAUAUUCAAAGAAAACUUCUAGUGACAAGGAAGAGGUCAAAGAAACAAUUGAUUCUAUGGAUGACUUCAAUGACUUAGCUUUGUCAUCUGAAAGAAUUUCGGAGGUUUUCCACAUGCCUGACUGUCAUCAUAUGGCUUGCAUGUUGCUAAUUGAACAGCAUGAUUUUGCCAGUUUAUUGAAAACCCAGAAUGCGGUUCUUUCAAAUGAAAGACAAAUAGAACGUAAAAAAGAUCAAUGUGAACAACUUAAAAGAAAAAAUAAAGAAAUGGAAAAUAUGGCUAAGGGACUACAAAAGAAUCUAUCAAAAACAAAAGAAAUAAUAUCUAAGUUGGAGCUUCAAAAAAUAAAAUGGGAGGAUGAACUCUGCAGUUUGAGAUUUACUCUAAAACAAGAAAAACAAAAAAGAAUAAAUGCUGAAAGCUUAUAUGGAAAGAUUCAGGAGGAACUAACAAAAAGAGAAGAGCAGUAUAAGAAAGAAGUUGAAAUGAAACAAGAACUUGAAUUUAAUCUUAGAGCACUAGAUAUGGAAUUGAGGACUCUAAGAAAUCAUGUCAAUCAGGUUUCUAUGAGACAACUUCAAGAAGAACUGGCCAAUACCCUAAAAACACUGUCUAUGUCAGAGGCUUCACUGGAGGUGAAAUCACGUUGUUGUACGAAUUUAGAAGAUGAGGUAAAAGACUUAAAGGAAAAACUGGCUCAGAGUAAGAAUCAGGUUGAUGACCUUACUGCAAAACUGGAAACUGUUUCUUCAAGAAACCAAGUUCUUAUUCAGGAAUUAUCAUCUAUGAAAGAAUUACAAAGGAAAUGUGAAAAGCUAGAGAAGACUAAAAAGAAGUUGGAACAACAAGUAGUAAAGCUCAGAAGUUCUGUAGAAGUCAACAUGUUAGAAUAUAGUAAAAUGGAACAAUAUAAACGGGAUUUUGAAGAAACUAUAAGAUUGAACGUAGCAGAAAAAUUAAAAGAAGUUGAUCUAUUUUUAGAGAUGCAAGUAGCAUUUCAAGACAGCUUAGCACAGGUAAAAGAAAAUAAUUAUGCUUCAGUAAGAAGUCAAAUGGAACUCAGAAUUAAAGAGCUGGAAUUUGAAUUAUCCAAAAUGAAAAAAACUCAAGAUGUUACUAAAACAGAAUUGGACAGAUACAAGCACCUCUACCUAGAAGAAGUAAGACAUCGAAUAUCAUUGAAAAAUGAACUGAACAAGACUAGUGCGGCCAAUAUGAGGCCAGCCCCAUAUCUGCCUUAUGGUAUAAAUGUUAAUAAUAAUAGCUCGCUAUUCAAUAGAGAUGUUUCUCUAAGAGAAAACAUGGUGAUUCGUACCUCAAACUCAAGGCGUUCAAGUAAUGACAUCGAUACUUACAUCACCAAGGCGCUGCAGGAGUUUGAAGAAACUCUAUCUAGAGCAGCAAAGGAAGCUGCUACUGAAUUUGAAUUAGGCUUACCUGGUGAGGCCACCUCUUUAGAAUCUACUUUUGAAAGACAUACAGAUUGUGACGACGUAACAAAAGCAUACAGAGAGUACUCAGAGUUUCUGAAGCAAAAGUAUAGCAUCUAAAAGAUAAAUAGUAAAAAUUUAUUUACUGGAUGUUUACACAACAUUUUAAUUGUUUCCUAUUAAAUGUAUGAUAUGCAAAAAUCUUUAAUAAAGGAAAA